UGCUAUUUUAUAGCAAGAUGAACCGUGAGAGGAAAGUAGAGAGAAGAGAACCGUACGGGAGAGCCCGACGGUAGAAGAUAGGUCUGGAGUAUGAUAAAAUGUAAAUAAACUUGAAGUCUUCAGCCAACACCCAACCGGCUUGGUUCACCGAGAACCCCCGCGUACUUUGUACCGUCCCGAUCGCCGCGAAUAAAGUUUUACUCCGCGCAACAAACGGUGUUCUUCUUCGAUCCGUGUUUUGAAGAAAGGUCGUUAACCCCGUGUGCUCUGGACGAGCUGUGAAACCCCCCAAUACAGUCCACUCAAAUCGGAAGGGCUCGAUCCGGAACAUUGGUCCUUCGAACCGGAUCGAAGUGGCCGGCCCGAAGUGGAAGGACUUGAGUGUUGUGCGCGCGUGAAAAGUGGCCAAUUCGCGGAAUAGUGGCCAUCGCGAUUUGGACAGUGCGAGUUCGCGGUAGUUGGCGCCAUCGCGCAGUUUUUUGCGGCUUUGUGCUGCACUUUUUUUGCUGUUCUGCGAGGUGGUGCUGACGGGAAGAAGUCAGCGUUCUUGGUGUGCUGGGAGCUGAUUUACGGCGGACGGCGAACGGAAGCUGCGCUGCUGUGGAAGCUGUUGAACGAGAGUGAUCGUGUGUGUGCUGGACGCUGCCCAUUGACCGGAGGUUCCUGGAGGAGCUGCAGCGUACCAGGAAGUGUUUGGGUUUGCAUGUGGUGCAUGAGGUGUGUGUGUGUGUGUGUCUGUGGUGAGGUGUGUGCGAUUUGGGUUCGAGUGAUUGAGCGUUUUUCGAGAGAAGUUUUUAAUAAAAAUUUAUUUGGAUUUUUUACGCGUUUGCGUUUCUUUCCGGGGUUGUGGUCUGGGUUCUAACUGCGCAAGCCCUGAUUUUUUGGAUUGUUCUGGUCUCUGUCGGUCGGUCCACUGCUGGUUCUCCACCUUGGCUGUCUCUCCCCACUGUCAAUCGGAUCGCGUAGAACGUUGAGUUGAUCGUUUCGGUGUUCGCGGUUGCAGUGUUCUGGAUUUUUGGCGGUCAACGGUGAGUGAAGGCGGUGAAGAAUGGACGAGUUGAAGGAUUUGCUGAAGCAGGAGCGGCAGCUGAUCCUGACCAUCAAUGGUGUAGGAGAUUUCGUGGAGGCGUACAAGAAGGCUGAGCACGAGAACCAGAUCUCGACCCGGCUGGACACCCUGGAGGAGGCAAUGAGGAAGUUCUUCAAGGUGCGCCGUAAGAUCGAAGCCAUGAUCGACGACGAGGAUGAGCAUCAAGUUGUUGGAGAGUCAAAGGAGGCUCGGAAGAAGCGGUUGGCUGAUCUGGUGGUUCAGCGUGAGAUGGAGUAUAACAAGGCUCUUCGUGACGUCGAGGAGAGGUACUUCGUGGUGAAGGCAAAGCUGGUCGCGCUGCGUCCGGUGCUGCAAUCGAUCAAGGCCAACCGGCCCAGCGAAGGAGACGGCCGGCAGAACCGCUCGAGAGUCUCGACCGCUCACACGUCCUCGCAGUCACAACGGCGUUGCCUGUUCUGCGAAGAGACGUUCCACAUGCCGUUCAAUUGCAGCAAGCUGAGGAACAUGCCUGUGUCCCAACGAGUGGAGGAAGUGAAUCGACGGCGACUGUGCCGAAAUUGUUUACAUGCUGGUCACUACGCUGACGGAUGUUCUCGUGGUUCCUGUUCCCGCUGCGGCGGUAAACAUCACACGUUGCUGCAUUACGACACGCCGGCCCCUGCGGGCGCUCCUCAAGAAAGAUCCUCCGUUCCUAAUACGCAAAAUCAAUCCCAAGAAGAUGGACAACAACAACAACAACCCACGAGACAGCAAGAUCAGACACAGAACAUUUCCACCCAACCAACCACAAGUUUCUACUCCGUAAUUCAAUCCACUUCUCGAAACACUCACCCACCACCACCCACAGACUUUCGUAAUACCACCACCCUCAAAGCGGCAUCCCUCCCCGCACAAAAUGCACCCACAUUUUCCCGUCGAGUCCUCAUGUCCACGGCGGUAGUUCGCGUCGAAGACCAGUUCGGGAACUUCUCGCUCGCUCGUACACUGUUGGAUUCGUGUUCCGAGUUCUGCUACAUUUCUCACACGUUUUCGAAGAAGCUGAAGUUCCGGACAACACCAGAUGUACUGAGCGUACAGGGCAUCGGAAACGGCUCAGCGUUGUCGCUCGAGGCCGUACGCGCGAAGAUCCAGCCACGGCUGGCUACGAUCUCGAUGUUCUCAAAAGAAAUGAAGUUCCACGUGCUGGAAAAGAUCGCCAGCGAUCUGCCCGUCACACCGGUUGACGUCAGCCAGAUGAUGCUCCCCUGUGACAUCAUUCUCGCUGAUCCGCACUUUGGGAAACCUGGUCCCAUAGACAUGAUCAUCGGUGCUGAAUUCUUCUUUGAUUUGCUGGCGGCUGGUCGUCGUAAGAUCGUCGAGGACGGUCCGACGCUGCAGGAGACUGUGUUUGGAUGGAUAGUCUCGGGGAAAGUUCCAGUGUCGUCACCCAGCGUCCCAUGCACGGCAACCUACUUCAGCUCAACAGUUGACCUGAAGGGAUGCUGCAAACUGGAGUCGAGUCACGUCAAAAGCGCCCACGCUGUGGAGGAGUCCACCCGCGAAGAGCUGUUCAAGAAGACGACGAACCAAGAUGCGAAGGGAAGAUCAGACAGCGUUGAAGAAGCCAGCACGUCGAUGAACAAGGUCCGGCAGGUCACCGAUUCUGCUGAUGUCACGGUGAAGAAGUGGAUCUCCCACUGCCCAGAGCUGCUCAAGCAGCUCCCGAAGCACCUGAAGGACGAGCACAGUACGCUCAACACGCUGCACAGUGUCGUGCACGCUUGUGUCUUUUGUCAACAGCUGUGGAGAGUCAAGAGCGAUCGGGAUCAACCGUCAGAAGAAUCGUUGCAGCAGCUGUGGAGAGUUAGGAUGAGAUUGACGGCGGUCGCGACGAGUAAGGUGCCGCGCUGGAUUUGGUUCAGCAACGAUUGCGUCGAGGUCACGAGCUACGGGUCAGAGCGAGCGUACGGUGCGAGUCUCUACCUCCGCUGCACUGCGCUCGAGAACCCAAAGCGCAAGAAGAAGAAGGUCAACAUUCCACGGUUGGAGAUGUCACCUGGCAGAUGGUCAAGGCGUCGGAGAAGGUUACGCGCCCCAACACACAACUGGUGGACGGCGUCAUGCGAGUCUGUGUUCGUCUGUCGAACAUCUCGCACUGCAAACGGACGCUUCGAUCGUGUGAGCUCGAAGAUCUGCUCGCUUUCCAUCCGGGAUAGUCAAGAAUUUGUUCAAACCUCGAUUUAAGCACUCGCUGAGUGCGCCUCGACGCCUAUGCGUCCCCAAUUCUAGAAGUUUAUGUUGGUGUUUGUAGUUUGUAUGUGUGCAUGUUUGUUGUUGAAGAAAGCUCUCUGGACGCUGUCCAGUUUCGCGUUUCGGUAGACACCUGUCUGCCCGAGCUCAGCGCACAAGGCGCUCACCUGGUUAAGGGAUUGCAUGUUUGUCAAAAAGUCGCUAAUCACCCCUAUCAUCGGUAGCACACCCACCCACGCUACCACAUCUCACUGGAGGAAACCUAGGAUCCUGCCAGUCGGUCUCGAUUUCUCGCUCGACAUUGGGCUUGGCCAGCUCACACGUCGAUCGACAUCCCUGACGACCACGAAGUCCCCGACGACCAUGAAGUCAUCCCUAACCAGCGAAGAAGAACAACGCCCCCAGGAAUUCACCGAUGAUCUGCGGAUCGAGCGCCAGAAUUCACCUGGUGGGGUAAGUUGUUCCAGUUUACGCACGCUACAUACACCUACUACAUCAAGUUUUGUUCGAGGCACACCACCAACUCAACCACCUACACCAACGUCCGAAAACCCACCCGCACGAAGCGCAUCCACGUCCGCAUCAGCACAGCGGCGAGCAGCACACCGGCGAACGACACACCCCCAGCGUAACAACUUUAUGGCCUGCGGGCCCAGCGUCAACGUUACCUGGCUGGGUAAGUUGUUCCGGUUUUUCAAAAUUCUCCACCUGUAUACUACAACGCAAUCUCUCCCCGAGGAAAUCUGCAACAAAAAAUCAACGUCAACAAGAUGACAUCACCAAGAAGAAGAAGAAGGAAGGCAUCAACCGAUGCAACUGCACCCCGUGUGCACUCUGUGGUCGACCAUUGGUCCCACCCGAAGCAGAGCAUGUUCCGCUGGAGCAUCACCCCUCACCCACACCGAAGAAGCGCAGCGCGAGGCUGCACCUGAAGCACAGCACAGUUCGCGAUCGUGGCACACGGCCACCGGUCUGGCGAACGCUGACGAUCGAAGUCGAGGCUGCACCGGCAGCAAAACACACCACCACGUCCGCUACUCGGCGGCGACCCCCACGAGCAGGCUGCACCAAGGCAGCACCGAAGCACUAGAUGACCGUUCCAGGGAGCAGAUUUGCAGUAGCAGCAGAGAAUGCACCAAAUGCGUCGUCGUCGUCGUCCACGAUGCACCCCACGAAGUCAGCAGCAACCUGAGCAGUUUGUUUACACCAAUAGAAGUAGAAUGAAUGAUGCUAUUGAAAUACUGUGAAGCGAAGUAAGCCCUAAGAGAAUUCGGUUUGAAAUUAGUAUUAGUGAUAAGAAGUAGAUAGUUAAGUUUUUGAAAUUGUUGAAACCACAGGUUUCAAGGCGGGCGGCAUGUUUGGAAAUGAAGUUAAGUGUAACAGUGCGCCCUUUACCCUAAGAUGCUAUUUUAUAGCAAGAUGAACCGUGAGAGGAAAGUAGAGAGAAGAGAACCGUACGGGAGAGCCCGACGGUAGAAGAUAGGUCUGGAGUAUGAUAAAAUGUAAAUAAACUUGAAGUCUUCAGCCAACACCCAACCGGCUUGGUUCACCGAGAACCCCCGCGUACUUUGUACCGUCCCGAUCGCCGCGAAUAAAGUUUUACUCCGCGCAACAAACGGUGUUCUUCUUCGAUCCGUGUUUUGAAGAAAGGUCGUUAACCCCGUGUGCUCUGGACGAGCUGUGAAACCCCCCAAUACAGUCCACUCAAAUCGGAAGGGCUCGAUCCGGAACAGGCGCGGAGAUAUGAUUUUUCGAAAAAAGUGAUUUUUGCGAAAAAUGACGAAAAUUGCCAUUUUUCGAACCACCCUAGCAAGAUUGACAAACCGGCAAAAUUCGAUUUCAAUUUUCCCUCUGGUCCAACAUCAUCAGCAGCAUCUCAUCUGGAGACCACCGAUUCGAUGGCAUGGGCCAGAUUCCACCCGGGGACACGACUUCAGUCUACUUAACAACAGCGGCCACGGUCUUCCAGGGAGCCAGCCAGACUCCUUAUAUUGUAUGUAAAUUGUGAAAUAUACAUAUCCGUAUCAAUAACCUGGACGCGUUAAAAUGUUCAGCUGAUGCCCUUCGGUUGACUAGGUUAACCCUCAACAUCCCGUUCAUGUUUCAUAUCUUAUUUCCGAAAAGAUCUUUAUAACUAUAGU